UCCGGUCCCCUUCCCCGCCUCCUCUCCUCCGCCGCCGCGAUGGCCACCGACGGCGCCGCCCCCGCCGAUCCGAAGAAGAACGUGCUCACCUUCGACACCGAGGAGGACGUCGCGGUCGCGCUGGCCAAGUACACGGCGGAGCUGUCCGCGAAAUUCGCCGCCGAGAGGGGCGCCUUCACCGUCGUGCUCUCCGGCGGCACCCUCAUCGAGACCCUCAGGAAGCUGGCGGAGCCGCCGUACCUGGCGACGGUGGACUGGAGCAAGUGGCACGUGUUCUGGGUCGACGAGCGGGUCGUGCGCAAGGACCAUGUGGACAGCAACUACAAGCUCGCCGUUGAUGGGUUGCUCUCCAAGGUACCAAUUCCUACUGGUCAAGUGUAUGCUAUCAAUGAUGCCUUGUCUGCUGAGGGAGCAGCAGCUGACUAUGAAACUGUCCUGAAGCAGCUUGUUAAGGAUGGAGUUCUUGCAAUGUCAACAGCAACUGGGUUUCCCAGGUUUGAUCUCAUGCUUCUCGGCAUGGGCCCAGAUGGCCAUAUUGCUUCUCUCUUCCCAGGCCACCCUCUUCUUAACGAGAACCAGAAGUGGGUCACCCACAUCAUGGAUUCUCCAAAGCCGCCACCACAGAGGAUUACAUUUACAUUUCCGGUAAUCAAAUCGUCUGCAUAUGUUGCCAUGGUGGUAACUGGUCCGGGGGAAGCUGGCACUGUGAAGAAGGCGCUCUCAGAUGAGAAGACUUUUCCUUUGUUACCUGUUGAGAUGGCUAUCCUUCAGGAUGGAGAAUUCACCUGGUUCACUGACAAGGCGGCUGUGUCAAUGCUGUAGAACCAGCGAAUCCCAUGGUGAUCUAAGCUUUAAGCUCUUCACUUAAUAAAAAAAUCUAGGGGCCUGCAAUGUUGCACUCCGUUCCACCCUUGUGGAUCACCUGUAAGGGGGAACUUGAGCUUAUUGUUCAGAAUAAUGUGUUUCAGACACCCCUCAGCUUAGUAAAUAGCAUUGGCCAAGGCAUUGCCCAACGGGUGCUCAGGCCUUUUGCCAAACUUUUACUGUUAAAUGUUAUGGUCCCAUGAUUAAGAAUUGAAUGCUUGUGGCAUUCUGUUACUGUUA